GAGUCUUUCAUUAUUAAUUAAAAAUAUAAUAAUUGUAUGUUUAUGUUUACAUUUCGAUGGAAAGGAAAAUAAAGAUUGUUUGAUGAUAAGUCACAUAUUAUUGUCAAGGAUUUAAUAGCGAAUGUGAUUUGGAAAUAAAGAAAAUGCAGUAUGUUCCCAGGUAGUGUGAAUAUGCUAGAGGACCAAGCAAACCGGACUAUGAUUAAAGAUAACUCUGAAGAGAAAGCUCCAUUAUUGUAUGUGGUUGAUGACGGGCUACCUAAAGAUUAUAGGUAUUUUGACACUGGCAGAUUUAGUGGGAUCAGCUCUGGUGCUACUGCAGUAUUUACACAUUUCCCCGAUUACAUAGGAACUUGUUGUGUCGUCACAGCAGUAUCCGCAUUAAUUUUCUUCAUGAUGAUGUUACUGGUGCUCUCAACGCUAACGGUGGCCAGUUUGAGGCUACCCAGAUGUGCUACAGCUCAGGAAAUCGCCAAUGAUACGAUUCAUUUAGUUCACAUACAUAACCCCAACUACCAAGAAAUAGAAAAACUAAAUUUUGUUCAAGAACUUGUAAAAUUAUAUCCUACAUAUAACAUCAGAAUACUGACUUUGCCUGGCAAAGAAGAAAUCCAAAAUAAAAUUAUUCCUGGUACCAUAGAGAAAGAGUCUAUUGAGGAAAACUCCAACGCGCAAAACGAAAUAACUUCUAGUAUAGCUGCUUCAACACAAAAACAAUCCAAUAUAUUACAAAGAAUGAAAGAUAUAAAAGAUACGCAAUUAUUAUUAAAUAUGUUAAUGCGCGGUAUGUUCAUGGACAUAAAAACUACAGAGUCAACAACGGCUCAAUCAACUACAGAUAAAGCGAUCAAAAAUGUUGAAGAUCUAGGUGGUAUAUAUCCGAAAAUUAGUUAUGAAAAUAUAUCAUACAAUGAGACAUUUUUUGGAACUCCUUUACAGACAUCGUACAAAUAUAUAAACGAGAAAUUACAAAUAUUUGCCGUUCGAGUUCUGCAAAUAUGGCAAUACGGUGGCUUGAGUUUCGAUUUACAAAACGCAGAUAAAGCUGACCUUAAACAUCUAAUAUCUAAAGAAUCUACUCACCACCACGACUUCGAAAUUACCGAAAAAGAUAGUAGAAACGUUUGGGUCAAUACAGUGAGUGUGGACGAUCAAGCUUUUCACUUGGAAAGUAAAAUCCCUUGCCAUGUCUUUUUCGAACAAAUUCUAAUGAUCCUAAGAGGAGCAGACCAAUUUACUACUGUGCAAGAUGUCAUGAAGAAAGCUAUACGAAGUUUUUGUCUACAUUAUCCGGUUAAUAGAGAAAAUUGUAUAAAGUAUAUGACUGUUUAGCGUAAAUUAUAUUUAUUUAUAAUAAUAUAUUAAUUAAAAAAUAUAAA